GUUAAUCAUUUGCUUCGAAGAAGAAGUUUAAAAUUACUGGAAAAAGGAAGUGAUCUAAAUGUGUAUAUAUAAUCUGAGUUCUAAAGAAAUUGUUUUAGUAGUCAAAUGUAGAUAUGGGUUGUUGCAGUAGUGUAUCGAAUAACAAAGUUAGAAAUAAUGACCAUCCAAUUGAAAAUGAUAGAACUGGUGGACAGCGGGUUGUCAACAGUGCGAAAAAUAGAAAAGGGUCCAAAGACCAAACAGAAAAGCAAUCCCAACUAGGUGAAAAGGAAAGCAUAGGAAAGCAAUAUGAUAUUUUGCCAGGUGAAAAUACGGAAGUAGUAAAGAAAGGAAAACAGUCAGAACAACAAGAAACAGAUCCAAAGCAAACUGGACGUUUCGAAGACAAUAACACAAAAAGAGAUGUCCAUAUCGCUGAGGAUAAAGUGAGCAAAUCGUGGCAAGAAGAAGAGGAUGAUGUGGAUUCUGGAGACAGUUCUGAGAAAGAGCAAGAUGAGAUUAGGGCAUUAGACCCAAAGACCAACGACGAGGAAGAGGAUAAUAUAAGGAACAUUACAAACAACCAAGUUAGGGUCAUAGUAGGAAGGGAAGAAAAACAUCUGGAGCAUGCAGAAGAAACAGAUCAAAAGCAAAUUGGACAUUUCGAAGACAAUAACAGAAAAAUAGUAGAAGAGGUCCAAAUCUCCGAGGAUAAAGUGGACAGAGGAAGACAAGAAGAAGACGAUGAUGAUCAAGACAGUUUUGAAAGCGAUGAAGAUGGAAUUUGGUCAUCAGAGCCGAAGACCAACGAAGUAGAAGCAGAGGAAAUAAGAGACAGUCAAUUUGGGAUUGUAGAAUCGGAGCAAGAAGAAACAGAUCAAAAGCAAACUGGACAUUUCCAAGACAAUAACAGAAAAAUAGGAGACGAGGAGGUCCAAAUCUCCGAGGAUAAGGCGGACAGAGGAAGACAAGAAAAAGAGAACGAUGUGAAUUAUGAAGACAGUUCUGAAAAAGAGGACGAUGUGGAUUAUGAAGACAGUUCUGAAAAAGAGGACGAUGUGGCUUAUGAAGACAGUUCUGAAAAAGACAAAGAAAAAAGAGAAGAUUACAUCAGUCCAAAUGUCCGAGAAGAAAAAGAGGACGAUUUUACUCAAAUAGAUCAGCAUGCUUUAAAUGCUCCACAAGAAGUUCGAAAAUCAGUCCCCACAGUAGUAGAAUAUCUUCUGAAAUCGGCCACGUCUGACAGAGGGAAAGCUCGGGCUUUCUUUGUGUGGAUUGCGGACAACAUACAGUACGACACAGAGUCUUACUUCAGUGGGGAUUACAAAAAUGUCAAUGCUGAUUCUGUUUUGAAAUCAGGAUCUUCAGUUUGCAGUGGAUACGCUAAUUUGUUUCAAGAGAUGUGCAAAUUGGCUGGGCUUUCAGUGGAGGUAAUUUCGGGAUUUUCGAAGGGAUAUAGUUAUUCACCUGAAAAACCUUUGACGCCUACAACACAAACCGACCAUGCAUGGAACGCAGUUCUCAUUGAGAACUCCUGGAGGUUUGUGGAGUGCACCUGGGGGGCGGGAUAUCUAGACCGGAGCGGAAAAUUUCAGAAACGUUUUAGUGAUUUCUAUUUUCUAACAGAUCCUAAGCAUUUUAUUUCUGCCCAUUUCCCGUGGAAAUCUGGUGACCUGGAGUACUGCAACAAAUGGCAGCUUCUUGAUCAUCCCAUUACUUUAAAACAAUUCAACAAAAUGCUAAAAUUAGAGGACAAUGCAAUGAUGUGGGAUAUUUCUCCCUUGUCACAUACUGAGGGUGUCAUAGAGGCCCAUGAAGAGGUGGAUAUUAUUAUUAAAGAUAAACUGGAGCGUCUCUGUGGUACAUCUGUGAAGUUUUACAAUUGUAAAACUGGAAAAUCGUUUGAUGAAUACACAUUCCUGCGGAGAGAAAAUCCGAAAACAAUAGCCGUUUCUCUUCGACCUCCUUCAAAUGGCACGUACCAGUUGAACGUUUAUGGUAAAAUCGACCAAUUAGAAAAAUCACAUGGCCAAUUGAUGAGUUACGUAAUCAAAUUUUCAAAUGUUACUACCGAUAGCAAUCCAUACCCGUUCAAUCAUGGACAGAUGUGGGGAAUGAGUUUGGAGGCAUUUGAAAAUGGAUUCCAAGCAGCGGAUAGGUACAAUAUACCAACAAAACUGCGAAGUGAAAAUGGUUACAUUGACUUAAAGUUGAACACAACCAGAAACCUCCCAACUAUCGCUAAAAUUGAGCCUGCUACAAAACAACUGCCUGGAGAUAAAAGGAGAUAUUGUCUGGUUUCCAGCACUGAUAGCGAAUUGAAUAUUCUAGCUUGCUUUCCCGUCAGAGAUUUGUACAAGUUAGAAGUGAUGUGUCAAAGAGUUGAAGGAGAUGAAAAGUAUCAUCAAAUGGCUCUAUUUUUAAUUGAUUGUACAAAACCAGCAGACCCAGGCCUACCCUAUCCUGCAACUUAUUCUUCUACCCAGGAAUACCGCUGUAAACUGAUUGAACCUUUAGAAGGACAACUUCCGGCAAAUUCAAGCGUAACUUGCCGCUUUCAGUCGCCGCUAGUCUAUAAGGCAAUGGUGGCUAAAACGAAAAUGAAACAAGACGGAGACGAGUGGUGGGCAACAGUAACAACUCCAGGCGUGGGUGAAAAAUUUAAAAUUUCUGGAAAUGUAUCAGAUGAAAACAUAUAUUACAGCCUUUUUGAAUAUGACAUUGUAUAGGUACUCAUACUGCAAAGUAAUUUUCUUUAUAAUGAGUUGUUAAAUCGUUACCAGCCAUGCGAUCUUUGGUCCAAAUGAUGUAUUUAUCAAAAAAAGAGAUAUAUGCUUAAAAAUGACAAUGAUGUUUGCCUUAUUGACCAUUGAAUACUGUAUGGACGUGUCUUGCCUAGUUGCAGAAAUAUGAUAUUAUGAAUAUGACACAUUGUGGUGUAAAUAAUGUUCAUUUACGAGAAUUCAAAGCCAUUAAUGUACAUAAUAUGAAGUCUCUGCUAAACAUCUUUUGUGAUUUUCGGUAAUCAGAAUAAAUAUGUUUUUGUCAA